ACGGGGGCGGGCGCCAUGGCGGGCGCGGGGGCGGCGGGCGGCAGCCGAGACCUGGCCGGGGCCGCGGGGCCGCAGGGCCGGCCGGCGGAGCAGCCCCCGAGAGCCGCCGCCAUGUCGUCCGUCGCCUCCUACGAGAGCCUGGUGCACGCCGUGUCCGGGGCCGUGGGCAGUGUGACUGCAAUGACUGUAUUUUUUCCUUUGGAUACAGCUAGGCUUAGACUUCAGGUUGAUGAGAAGCGGAAAUCUAAGACAACACCGGCAGUCCUUUUGGAAAUAAUCAAAGAAGAAGGCCUGUUGGCACCAUAUCGAGGAUGGUUCCCUGUUAUCUCCAGCCUUUGCUGCUCCAAUUUUGUUUAUUUUUAUACAUUUAAUAGUCUUAAAGCCCUCUGGGUCAAAGGUCAGCAUUCAACCACUGGAAAAGACUUGGUUCUUGGGGUUGUUGCAGGUGUAGUGAAUGUACUCUUGACCACUCCUCUUUGGGUAGUGAACACACGUCUGAAGCUGCAGGGAGCAAAAUUCAGAAAUGAAGACAUUGUACCAACCAAUUAUAGAGGCAUAAUAGAUGCCUUUCAUCAGAUAAUACGAGAUGAAGGAGUCUUAGCUUUGUGGAAUGGUACUUUCCCCUCCUUGCUUCUGGUCUUCAAUCCUGCCAUACAGUUCAUGUUUUAUGAAGGCUUUAAACGAAAGCUUUUGAAAAAGCAGCUGCAACUCACAUCUUUGGAUGCUUUUGUCAUUGGUGCAAUAGCCAAAGCAGUUGCCACGACCCUCACUUACCCUCUGCAGACAGUACAGUCAAUUCUGAGGUUUGGACGCCACAGGUUGAACCCAGAGAACCGGACACUGGGCAGUCUUAGAAAUGUUCUUUACCUUCUUCAACAGAGAGUGAGGCGUUUUGGAUUAGUGGGACUCUACAAAGGCCUUGAAGCAAAGCUCCUGCAGACAGUCCUUACUGCUGCUCUUAUGUUUCUGGUAUAUGAGAAACUGACUGCUGCAACCUUCACAGUCAUGGGAUUAAAGCGCUCACGCAAGCAUUGAUAAAGGAGCCUAUGCCAAAGAUUAUGGGGUCUAGAAAACACAUUCCGUUUCUGAGACCAGGCUGGGUAACAAAGGGUCCUCACUUCCUCUACUUCUUUUUUUUAGCCACCUCUGUCUCCAGUAUUUGGAGAAAUCUGGAAUAUGCUCUAUAGGACCUGUUGCCACAAAUUCAGGGAUAGCCCAUUCCCUAUUGUUUUGUGGACUCACUGCUUUAAGAAACAAACCAGAGACCUUAUUUAAGUAUUUGACAUGAAAUAUUAACUAUUAUAUGGUUUGGUUGACAUUCUUGGCAAGAAUUACUCUCUCUCACUAUGCUUUCUUGUUUUCCCUCAAAUUGUCCUUAAUUAUUCUUGUAUCUUUACCUUCUGUCAGCAGCUGGUGGGGCUGGUUUUGUUUCAUCUUCCUUGGGUGACUCAGACACACCACCCAAGAAAUUGUGUUAUUUUCCUUGACCUGUGUUUAUGUCACUUCAUAUUUGGUUCAUUAAAAUAAUUCAUAACGAGUAAGA